AUGAAUUUCUCGGCUGCUCAAGGGACCAUAAAAUCUUCGGGUAUGCAUGUACCAUUAUCGUUUGCUAAAGUUGUAAACAAUACUACGGAGAAGGUGAAGGUGAAUUUUAGGGAGAUGGAGUCUACAGAGAGUGUAGAUGGAGCUGAUGUUGUUAUUCCGUUGUCUUCAGUCAAGCAAGUCACGGACAGGUAUGCAAACACUCUGUAUGGGUACUUUUUGGGCAAACGUCUAGCAUUUCCUGUGGUGGACUUUUUUGCUAAAAGUAAUUGGGUUAAGUAUGGUUUGUCGAGGUUGAUGAUGAAUGCAAACGGAUUCUUUUUCUUUAAGUUUAAAACAAAGGAAGGGAUGGACAACAUGUUAGAGGACGGGCCAUGGAUGAUAAGAAAUGUUCCGAUAAUUUUGAAGGAAUGGUCGGCCUCAGUUAAGCUAGAGAAAGAGGAUAUUAAAGCUAUUCCGGUCUGGGUAAAGAUGCAUGAUGUGCCGUUAGCGGCAUAUACAGAGGAUGGUAUUAGUUUGGUUGCCUCUAAAAUAGGGGUGCCCAAGAUGCUGGAUUCGUAUACUGCCACGAUGUGUGCUGAGUCUUGGGGCAGGAGUAGUUAUGCUAGAGCACUAGUUGAAGUUCAGGCGGGGGCUGAUUUAAAAAGAAGUGUUAUGGUUGCAAUUCCUUCUUUAGAUGGUAAUAGUUACUCAAAGGUCGUUAAAAUUGAAUAUGAUUGGGAACCUUUAAGGUGUUUUUCUUGCUGUGUGUUUGGUCAUGAAGAUAACUCGUGCCCAAAAAGCCAGCAGGUUGGUUCAAAUGGGGAAGCGGGUAAGAAGGGUGAUGAUUUUCAGGUUGUGGAUUCUAAAAAGAAGAAAGCUAACAACCCAGGCCUCCACAUGAAAAAUCAGAAAUCCAAGUUUAUUUAUAGACCAAUUAUCAAUCCAAAACCAAAACAGCCCUUGAGGAGUUCGAACCAGGUUUCAACAUCUAACCCUUUUGACGUCCUCAAGGAUGAUAAUGGAGAUCAGGGAGGUGCCACUGUGGGUCGUGUGGAGAAAAAGGUUACUCAGCCGAACGCCAAGCAGGAUUCGGAUGAGGAGGAGGUUGUUAAAGUCUAUAAUGAAACUAGUGAAUUUAUGACUUCGGGUACACGUCCUUCAUCUUCAAGAGCUGGGGCAAGCACAUCUUCCACAAAAUUUAGCAAUGGAUAG